UUUCUGUGAGCCUUUGCCGUGGCAACACACGGUCCGCGCGUGCUGCGUGUGUUGUCCAGAGUGAACCUAGAAAGUAGGGGAGCCUCCCGGGUGCUGAGCCCUGUGGCUGAGUGAAAACCAAUACACUUCAAGAUAUCACAAGGUGAUUUGUGUGGAAGGUGGACAACACAACCGUGCAUUGCCAAGCAAACACCCAGAUUGUACAGGCGUAAAACCCUCGAAACGGAGAAUGUGUUCUGUGUAGUUCUGUAGCCUUUGAACGUGUAAAGUGCAUCUGCAGUGUACCGUGUAUCUUUGUAUCUGUUUGUGUGCGUGUGAGUGGGACUGCGGUGGUGAAGGUGCGCAACAGGUGACCAGUCUUCUGGGAUCGCACGGUUCGUAAGCCAGCGACGGGGUUUGCUUUGCCAAGCAACCUUCCGCGACACACCAACACACCGACACACCGACAGUCUCGUGCGUGCGAUCUUAUGAAGGACACGACAAACGCGAUGGGAGAGUCGACACCGAUCUGCCGCUGCCGGGUACUGUACCUGGGCAGUGCCGUGCCCCGCCAGAGCAAGGACGGGCUGCAGGGCAUACAGGAGCCGCUGCGCAGCCUGUACCCGUCCGAGGGUGCGAUCGGGGCGAAGGGCAUCGACUCGUGGCUGAGCGUCUGGUCCAACGGCAUACUGCUGGAGAACGUGGACGAAAACCGCAAGCAGGUGACGCGCUUCUUCCCGAUCGAGUCCCUGCACUACUGUGCCGCCGUCCGGCAGGUGCUGAUCCCGGAGCGGGGCAACAGCAAUCCCGAGCCGAAGUUUCUGCCGCUCGAUUCGCCGUUCGCGCGCACCCCGCGCGCCCAGCAUCCGCCCAUCUUUGCCGCGAUCCUGCGCCGGACGACCGGCAUCAAGGUGCUCGAGUGCCACACGUUCAUCUGCAAGCGGGAGGCGGCCGCCAAUGCGCUGGUCCGCUGCUGCUUCCACGCUUACGCAGACAACUCGUACGCCCGGCAGCUCGAGGGCGGUGGCGGCAACGGCGGCUCCGGAAGUGGCAGCUCGAACAGCGUGUACGGCACGAUCGGUGGCAAAUCGAACGGUACCGGCGAGGGGUGGCGAUCACGUGCCGGCAGCACGACCACGCUCAACAGUGUCGGCGUCAGCAGGCAGGCAAUUAAUGGCGUCGGCGAUGCGUACACGGUGAAAAAUCUUUAUGCUAGCAGCGCAGACCUCGAGGUGGUGGACGACGGUGAGAGCUCACUGUACAAUGGCGACGAAAAUCACAAAGUGUGGAACGGUUCCACCGAUCAGAUCGAUGGCAUCGGCUUUGGUAACGAUGGUCACUACGAUAUCUACUCCGGCCCCGGUGGGCUCGGUGGCAGCACUGGCGGUGGCGGCGGCGGCGGCGGCGGCGGUUCCACGCUGGGCCGCCCUGCCCGCGUGCGCCAGAUCAGUGCGCCGGUACCGGUACCACCGCCACCGAAAGAAGAACCGAAAAAGUCGAAAAAAGACAAGAAAGCGGCCAAGAGCUCCCCGCAGCAACAGCAGCAGCAGGUAGGCAGUCAAAGUUUAUCCGGUACGCUUAUAAGACCACGUCCCAUGCACAUGAAUCCACUAGGUCGGCCGGCUGCCGGUCCAGCCUCAGCCAACUCUGCCGCAGCAAUGGCCGCCGCGGCAGCCGCACAUCACGGCAUGAUGAUGUACCACCAUCCGCACCACCCGAUGGCGGGCCAUCCCGGGCCGGGCGGUCCGCCCCCGGUCCCGGGCCGCCAGUUUCACACGAUCGGUCACCGCAGCAUGAACGGCAGUGCGGCGGCGGCAGCGGCGGCGGCCAUGGCCGCCGGUCUACCUCCCCAUCCCAUGCUCCAUCCCCACCACGCCCAGAUGCAUCCGGCGAUGGGCCUCCCGCAUCCCGGUAUGCAUCCGCACGCCGGCAUGACGCUGCCGGCGAUGAUGAUGGCACCCCAGUACGCGACCCUGCAGCAUCCGCGCACCAGCAAAAAGAAGAAGGACAAGGGCAAAACGUUCAACGGCAGCAACGGCAGCAUCCCGAUCGGUGUGCCGGUCGUGCCGCCGAUGUUUGCCUACCCGCCGCAGUCGAACGGGAGCUUGGGCGGGCCGCCGCCCGGCUCGCUGGCCGACAGCCGGCCGCUGUCGAUGAGCAGCCGGAAGCUGGCCCAGUCGGCGGCGGGCGGGCUGGACGAGCUGUCGGGCAACUCGGGCGCCGAGUCGCCGGGCGGCACCGGCAUCUACCGGCGCAAGGGCCACCUGAACGAGCGGGCAUUUAGCUACUCGAUCCGGCAGGAGCAUCGCAGCCGCAGCCACGGUUCGCUCGCCAGUCUGCAGUUCAAUCCGCCCGACCUGAAGAAGGAGCGCGAGAUCGCCCAGAUGGUGGCGGGGCUCGAGCUGAGCGACGAUUCGACGCUGCGGCGCCGGUCCGAGGUGGCCGGCUCGUCCGGCACGUUCGGCAAGCCGAGACGAUGAGGUGCGCGUGACGCGCUCCGGUCCGGUUCGGCGCUGAAGGUUGCGUUGAAGUCACACUGCACGCGAAUCAGCGCGCAGCACACAUGCACAUGCAAGCGAGCAAUCACAAAACCGAUUAAUUUGCGAGCGAUAAAUGGGAUUGGGGGAAGGGUAGGUGAAGCAGAUGUAGAAUUUUAUCGCACAACGAAGUACAUAUAUACGGCUAGAUGUGUGUGUGUGUGAGAGGUUUUAAUCGAUAGGGUUGUAAAAUAGGUGACAGAUCAAGAGGGACGACAUGGAGCAUCACAGCAAAAUGGCAUUAGAUGAUACAUGGGCAGCAGGCGACAGUUGAACAGACAGAAGUGGAGCGAAAUUAGCAGACGGUUUCCUCUAUUACCAAAACGAACCCAUUCUCACAUUGUAGUCAUGGUGGUAGAGCAUCAAUGAAUUUAACAGUUACACCGAGAAAAAGAGCAAGUGAAAGAGAGAAAGAAACUGUUCACUUCUGUUCGCCGCUCCAGACAGGUGAAAACGUUUGUUUAGCGUUUAUCGUUUUAAUUGGUUUUAUGUUAACACGUGUCUCGAGAUUUAGUUGUACGUACGCAAACCGCAUAACAGUAACCAACACAUACACCCCAUUCCCCCCCCCCCCCCCUGCAAAACGCACACAUGCCGAAGAGCGAGCGGGUUUGUUGACCAGCACCCCUGUAAAGAGUAUUGCAAGGAAUGGAAGGAAGCAGCAGAUGAAUGCAAUUACAAGAAGAAAUGAAUGUGCCUUAUUAGGUAAUUAGAUAAUUUAAUUAUAAUCAAGCCCUUGGCAGGUACGCUCCCCCCCCCCCCCCCUGUCGGCGCCAAGUGAACCCUAGCCAACAAGCGCGAGAAAAGUGAAACUGUGGCGCUGCACUAAUAGGAGGAUCUUGCUCCACCCGAAACAAAAAACUUUCUCGGUGUUUUUUGGGAACCCUGAAAUAGACAGCCCGAAGCGGGGAAGCGGGCGAAAUAGUGAUGGUGUAGCUUUCUUUGCUGUAAUUUACAAGUCUACUUUAAUGGCGAUUUUGUUUUUUUUUUGCACAAUCGCAUGGAGAGCAAUUUGCAGCUUCAUAGCCGUAUAUUGGAAAAUUGUUAUCAUUACCGAGGGCAAUAACCCCAAGAACGUUGUGACGAAUAAGUGCCCCUGGUGUGGCCACACCUGAUAAGAGCUUUUCUUGCACACGGAAAACAAAAGUGCGGCACGUGUACCAAGGUUUGAGGGUGAAAAGUGUUCGCGGUGGGUGGGUACGCUUCUGCCAUUAGCCGAAAGUGCGCUUGGAAAGUGAAAACGGAAGAAAAUAAAGCUAUAAGGCAACAAAAAAACACCUUCAUCACCCAUUGGUGAGAGGAAAAGUGAGUGUGAGUGUGUGUGUGUGCGGGUAAUGGAGAAUGUAUGAGGAGCAGGCACAUACAGGGAGCGUCAAUAGAGUCGCGAUCGUCAAUCAAUCGCGAAAGAUGAAGGCAAUAGAAAAUACUCGCAGUCGCAUGGUUCGAAAGAGAAAUGAACGACGCGCCAAAGCAACAACAGAAGAAGGGAAAAAAACAAUCCUCAGAAAUGGUGGAAAGACAAAACAAGUGUAGUGUGUUUGAUAAAGACACACACAUAGACAGACGGCGAAGGUGGAGAAGGUAGUAGAAAAUUUCUCCAUCAAGCCAAUUUGGGAGUUGCGAGAUGCUGAAAAGUAGCAGCGAAAAAAACUCCUCAGUUCGCCAUUUCAAACGCCAACACGACACAUUUCUUGUGUGUUUUUUUCGCAUCGCGUUCCUUCUUCUUCUAGGUGCGAUAGAGAGGUAACAGCCACACAAAUACCGCACACAAACACACACGCCCCGCGGCACACUGCAGGCGAGCUACUUUUGAUUUGACGUUCUUCACAUUCGAAACGCUACGAACUUUAAUGGCGGUAGAGCAGUAGAUAGGGAGAGAGAGAGAGAGAGAGAGGGAGAGAGAGAUAGAGAGGGAGAGGGAGAGAGAGAGAGAGAUGUUUUAGAGUGAAACUAGUACCAUUCAAAAGACAGUAACAGCAACGGUAGAAGCAGCAUCAGCAGCACACUAUUGCGCAGGGUGGAGCGAACCUGGGGGCGACAUCUAUCGCUAGACAGAUAAGCGGCAGUUUGCCAAAUCUUCUUUUUUAUUAUUAUCAUUAAACAACCUAAACCGUACAGCAGAGCAGGAAACCUACAUACGAAUUGUUAUCCAAUCAUUUUAAUGUCAUGAAAAUACAAAAAUACUCCAAUACAACGAAUAAA